AUGAGCCCACUGUCUCCGGUAUUCAGUGACUCCAUCUCAGCUCAGGUCACAAGCGGAGCCAAAGAAGAGCCUGAAGAUGCCCAAGACUUUGAGUUUUCCCCUGGAUUUCAGAAAGUGCUGUCUGAAUUUGAGAAAACAGUCUCUGAAUUUGAAUCAGAGGAUCAAAAAGUUCCACCAAAAGAACCCAGGAAAGGAUCGGCGUCCCCACAGCUUUCUGAGUCCGAUCUGGAAUUCUAUGACUGCAGACAAACCUUUUCUGACUUCUCCGACGCAGAGGAUGUGAAACUGGAUCAUGAAGUUAUCUACCGUAUCUCUGAACCCCCAUCACCAAUGCCUGGAAGUAGCCUUGAUAUGACCCUUGUGAAAGGGGGUCCUCGGUUAGCCACCCACCCUUUCCUCCAUGUAGAGGACUACAAGCGCUUCUCCUCCGGCAGUGAAAGUCUUGGUGAAUUUGCUUAUGAUUCGGAGGGUUCACGUGAGUGUCAAGCAGAGGGGGACCUCCCUGUGUGUGAGGAGCUCCCCUCCAGAGAUCAGGCAGGGUAUUACGAUGAUGAUGACUUCCUGGGAAGGGUAAGCGAUUGAGCAUGGGCACCGUGCUGCUCUGGCUGGUGUCUUGCCUGGCCAGGCUGGUUGCUGUGGUGCUGCAUUCAAGACUUACUCAGAGACAACCCUCAAUCUUGCACUGUAUGGAAUAAACAUGGCUAAUGAGUGCUUUUUUGCAUGAAUGCCUAAACUUUAGAAAAUAUCAGGAAUUAACAUAUGUGAUGAUGAGAUACGGUUUGGAAUAUCACGUAUUAAAAAGGCUGGUUUUGUGAUUAGUGGUCUGAUGUUUGGCAGUUCCUCACCUGGAAUCAGCAGACGCUUCUUUUACAAGUUUCUAACCAUAAAGUUUUGGGCUCACCUGCUCCUGUUUGCAUUCCUUGAUUUUUGCCCGUUGGUUGUCACCGCAGUGUGCGAAAUACCCUAAAGGAGGAACUUUUCAUGUACAUUUCAACAUCCUAGAUGAAGUCAAUGUGAAUUAAAGGGUCAGGCUUACAAAAGCAUUACCGUGUCUAUUGUAGAGCUUUUAGAAAGUCACAUUUGUUAACUGCAUGGGUUUGCACACAAGGGUGUUAUUGUCUUUCAUCGAAAAGCUGAGCACAGUUAUGUCUGAGCUGGGGUGGAGGCAUGUCGUAAAAACAGUUUUCAGAUUAAGCAGGAAUAAAAUGACAGACUAAGGCAGUUUUAACAGAAAGCCCAUUUGACAUUUGCCAAUUAAAGGCUUAAAGCUGUAAAGUAUUCUACAGAAGUUAUGUCCCUGUCCUUGUGCAUUAUAUUUUUACUUCAAAUUGUAAUAUCACAGGGUCUAUGCUUUUCUGCGUCUUUUAAAGUGAUAUUUUUAGUAAAAAAAACUGUGAAGAAAAUAUGUUUUUUUAAAAACUAAGUACCGUCUAAGACAUUCCUGUAUUUCGCACACUGGUUCCCAUCCCUGCACGUUAAUUUUCUUUGAAAAUGGUUGCAUAACUGUGCCUUCUCUUCAUCUCACUUCACUUCAUACAUUUGUAUCUUUGUUCCAUUCGUCUGUAUCUGUAACGUUUUUGGCAAAUGAUCAAAUAAAGUGAGGUUAAGAGAAAAGAAGUAACAGCUGGUCUGCAGGUUUGUGUUGAGGUAUUAUUGUGCAGAUCUGAUAUAUUUAUUGACCCCUGCUGGUUGUGUGCCAUCUCCCAGGAGAUAGAGGAGGAGCUAGGGUUUCUGUCCUCUGAUAGCUCAGAGGAGGAGGUGGUGACCACCAGGGUGGUCCGACGCAGAGUUAUCAUUCAGGUAAUUCAGGCAUGAAGCAGCUGUGCAGUGAUGCUGGGUUAGAGGGUAGAGAUGGUUUGACUGUCCAUCUUCUUAUAAACGCCAAAGCUUUCAUUGUUUGUCUCAUUUGUUACUCUCUAAAUUGCAUAAUUUAAGUUUUUCAUUUUUGCAUGUAUGUGAAGACAAGUUCAUGUCUGUGCCUUUUUUGUUCUAUUUGUUUGAAACUUAAAAAAUUAAAGCCACAAUCAGUAGAAUGUUCCUCGCAGUGGUAUCCUAUCCUAUUAAAGUGUAAAGACAGCAGCAACGCUUUUAUGGUCUGAAUGAUUUGAACAAAAAAUUCUAUUAUAGUGGCUUUAAAGAUUCCCCUAGAUUGAGUGUUUUUGCUUUUGUUUGGGUGAUUUCAAAUGCUUUCAUGCUGGUGAAGGAGCUUUUUCUGCUCUGAUGUCUGUGAGGUAACAUUUGAAUGAUUUUACUUUGUGUUCUGUGUUUUUACAGGCAGACAGCUUACCAGAUAUCCCACCACAGACUGUUACAGAGGAGAAGUAUACAGAUGAGCAUGGAAACAUGGUGGUAAAGAAGGUGAGGAAACAUUCAGGCAUCAGCAACACGACAACAUCCCAAACUGACUGUUAAAAUCAGAGUGCUAUUCAAUAAAGAGUAAUUAAAGACCAGGUCGGAGUUUCUAAAGCAGUGUUCCCCCUUUAGAUCACUCGGAAGGUGAUCCGUAAAUUUGUGUCGCCUGACGGCAUGGAGACACAGGAAGUGACCAUCGAGGGCUCUCACCAAGAGACAGUGCAGAUUGAAGAGGGCGACACUGUGUCGAGAGUGGUGAAGAGGACUGUGCUCCACAGUGGAGGUGAUCAGAAAGAGGUCAGUGUUGUCUACAGACUGCUGUCCACAUUUCAUUUAACAUGAAGUUGAGGGAACAUAUUUGAUGAUCACAUCUCGCCGUCUUCUCUCCAGUUGACAUUCUCUGAGCCUCCCGCCCUUGGAGCAGCCACAGCGUCAGAGUUUGAGGUCGAGCCCGUGCAGGGCCGGAAGGUCAGCAAGGUGGUGAAGACGACAGUGGUGAGAGGGGAGAGGAUGGAGAAGCAGAUCGGAGACCCCUCACUGGCUGCAGAUCUCCCCUCAGCCAGAGAGGACUUUGAGAAGGUCAGUGAGGAGAUGUUAAAGAUUAUUUUGUUAAAAGCUGGUUGAACAUUAUUGUUAGCGAUGAGAGGAAUGUAAAAACUGUUGGUCAGCUCUGUUUCAAGGCUCAGUUUGUAACCCUGCUGAUCCCCCUUUCCUCCCUCAUUCUCCCCCAGGCUUUGAGUUAUGCUGGAGGUUUUGGGAAAGUGCUCCUGCCUCAUGUAGUAGAGAAAGAGAUUAUACAGGACGACGGUUCUGUGGUUAAAAGGUUCGAUGGCGGCAUGAAUGUGUAGAAAUGACAACAGAGAAACUUUAUCGAGUAGUUCUCACAGUUAACAAAAAAGCAUGCUGUGAUUACACGUCUAACCUUUGAGGUUGUUAUAUUCAACCUUUAUUAUGAGUUUGAAGGGUGAUAGGUAAUGAAAUGGGGUAUUAUUGUGCUUAACUGAAGUGUUGCACCUGUUCAAGAGUUUGGAUGAUUUAUUAUAAUAUUUUACACACAACCUUUCUGCUCAGACUGAAGAUUCAUCAGCGCUGUUAGGGAAAUAUUACCUGCUCCUUCGAAGCAAUUUUCAUAAACUUAGAAAAACAACUUGUCUCAUAUUUCAAAUUUUUGAAAAUGAAUGAGAGAGCUCCUGUCAAAAUGUGGAAAUGAUGGUGAUAUCCUGAGUCUUUUUAAGCUUUAUUGGUCUCCUCCUCAGUGGUUUUCCAGUUUUUACCAGAAGGGGGCAUCAUGGAGUUAAAACACUCAAAUUGCAUCUCAUCGUUUUGUUGCCUCAUUUCAUUGUAGGGACAUAUUUGGUGGUUUGAUAUAGUUAUGACAACAAUGAUGAUAUCUGAGCCUGAAGAAGAGAUGCUUACAGAGUACAAGUUCAACACAAGUUCAGUCGCAUGUUUAACCCAUGUUUUCAGCUGCUGUAGCAUGGAAACAUGAUUUUAAGUGGGGUGAGUACAAAGGUCUGCAGACACCAAGUAAGAGUUAAACCAGAGAAAACAAAGACAAUUUCACCCGAUGAAGAAAAGACUGAUUGAAACUACAAACAUGUCUUUUUUAUAAUUAUUACAAAUAUCAUUCUUUUGUCAGUUUUAAUUUCAAAUAAUCUCAGAAUCCAGAGGAGGAAACGUGCUGUCAUAUAAAAAGCAGCCUGUUCUAUAUGGGGAAUUAUUUACACUGUGUUCUUGCAUGAAAUCUUCCACCACAGUUAGAAAUGUGCAGUUUAUAUGCAGUUGUGUAGCUCUUUUGUGCAUGACCUGUUAUCACCAAACCCGCCAGCUCCCUGUGCAGUGGUCAAACACAGCCCACAGAAGCAUGGAUAGUUCUGAAGUAAAGACCCACAUGCAACCAAAUUUUUAAAGACUCAUUGCUGCUCUAUUAAAACACAAUAUAAAACAAAAAUGAAUGUUAAAUAUAAAAAACAAAAUGUGAUUUUUUUAACUCCAAGGUGGGUUAUGAGAUACUUAGAGGUGUUCAAACUUGUACGUAACUUAGAGAGAUAUUCCAGCGUAAAUUUAAGUUAUGGUCAAACACACUGUAGCACCGAGUUAGACACCCUCUUGAGAGAUGAAUGUUGCCGACUGCUUGCUUAGUCAUACUAACUUCAGCAAUGACUGCACGAUAGCAAACCUCAACCAAAAAGCCAUUCUAUAGCCACAAAUAAUGCUCAGAACAGCACCUAACUUCAUCAACAGUACAUAUAGGGUCACAGCCAUAGUACUAGCCAUCAAACAUUUUUUAGAUUUGCCUGUUUUAUUUAGCAAAGAGAUUAAACACUACUCACCCAUUGCCCUCCAGCUGCCGUUUGUUUGUGGGUAAGCCCUGAUGAGUCGAUCACCGAGUAUAGAGGAUAAUUUCCUUGAAGUAAUAAUAAUCAUAAUAAUCAUUUUGUACUGCAGACAUGGUAGUUCUUCUACCUUAGCGUCUCAGUCUAAUCGCAUUUCCAUUAAGUAAUGAUCAUAAAUUUUCCGCUGCACUCUGUGAUCGACUCGUCAGGGCUCCUACACAGACAAGCGGCUGCUGGAGGACAGUGGGUGAGUUGUGUUUGGUCUCUUUGCUAAAGAAAUCAGGCAAAGUUAAGAAGAUGUUUAAUGGCUAGUGCUAUGGUUGGGACCCUUUCUAUACUGUUGAUGAAGUUAGGUGCUGUUCUGAGCAUUAUUUGUGGCUAUAAAGUUGCUUUUUGGUUGAGGUUUGUGUGUGGAGACGUAGACCGCUGUGUAUUGCUAUUGUGUGGUCGUUACUAAAGUUGGUAUAACUAGAGAAGCAAGCGGUUGGCAACAUUCAUCUCUCGAGUGGGUGUCUAACUCUGUGUUUCAGUGUGUUUGACAUUGACUUAAAUUUACGCCGGAAUAUCCCUUUAAAGCUGCAGCUACAGACCUCUCUGAUCAGCUGCAGAGCAUGGAUCAGGUGGUAUAGGUGAUCAGACACAGGGAGUAGAAAGCACUGAGAGACAGUCCCAGUGCUUUACAGCUGACAGUCUUUCCAGGUAUUAUCUAUGUGUGGGAAAUGCUGUCUGUGAUUUUUGUGCAAUGCUAACCAUUACAGGAAGUGCUCAAUUAUUUAAGCAAGUUUUGCAUCGCAUCACGUGCAGAGGAAUGCAAACUUGCUUAAAGACAAAGUACUUAUAUUGUUAACUCUUGCUUUACAUACUCACAGACGUGGCUGACUUACUGCCUGAGAGAGUGAACCGCAGCUUUGAAAGUAUCCACUGAAGCUGUUUAGUCGGUUAGAGACAUCUUCAAUCAGCUGUAACCCUUUUUUUCUUCUCAUGUCCUCAGAAGCCAAAUGCGUAAGUCACGAACCCAGAAGAGGACUGUGGUGAGGGAUGCCCAAGGUAAGCACGUGCACCUGGAGCGCCUGGAUGACACCCCAGACGCCCUGCAGCCUGACGCCCUGCAACAGCACCUGCACCUCCUGCUCCAACGCUACUGUGAGGACGACCAGGAUGAGGAGGAAGAGGAAGAAGAGGAGGAUGAGGAGGAGGGGGAGGAGAGUGAAGAGGAGCACUUUGACUGA